UUUAUGUCACGUGAAUUACAAUCAUUAAAUAAUUCAGACGCAUCAGAUUAGUAUUUUAACAUUUGUAAAACGCAUAGAUCCUGACAACUUCUUAGAAAGGUGACCAACCUUGACGGAGAGACUCGCCGUCAUCAAUGGCGUCGAAGCUUCAGUUUCUGUGCAGGUCUCCGUCUCAUUCUCCGUUGCCGCCGUUCCAACGGUCACGUAUCUCUUCCCGCCAAAACUUGGCUGCAUGUGUCCAGCAAAGCGCGUCAGUCCCAUCAAGUAAUAGAAAUCAAAGCUUUCUCUCUCCUCCUCUUCCGAGUACCCAGAAAUGUCCUAGGAAGUCAGUUCGAGGUUUGACUGUUAGAUCCCAAUUCGUUGCCCCUCUCGUUUUUCCACAGGAUCAAUGGGGAAACUGGACCGCUCUCUUGGCCGCCGGUGCUUUCGGUAUCUGGUCGGAGAAGAAUACCAAGAUUGGAAGCGCACUGAGUGGAGCGCUGGUGAGCACUUUGGUGGGACUUGCUGCGAGCAAUUUGGGACUUAUCUCAAAUAAUGCUCCGGCAUAUUCUGUGGUGUUGGAGUUUCUACUCCCAAUGGCUGUUCCAUUAUUGUUGUAUAGAGCUGACUUGCGUCGUGUUAUAAAGUCGACUGGGGCACUUCUCUUGGCUUUCUUACUAGGCUCAGUUGCAACGACUAUUGGAACAGUAGUUGCAUAUCUGAUUGUACCAAUGCGAUCACUUGGUCAAGAUGGUUGGAAAAUAGCGGCUGCACUGAUGGGCAGACAUAUUGGUGGAGCUGUCAAUUAUGUGGCCAUAUCUAAAGCUUUGGGUGUUUCAUCAUCGGUUUUAGCUGCUGGACUAGCUGCAGAUAAUGUUAUCUGUGCUGUAUAUUUCACCACGUUGUUUGCAAUAGCAUCUAAAAUACCUCCUGAAGCUUCAGCAUCAAAUGAUGCUGCUGCUACAGACACACAGUCUGAGCCUAGUGACAAGCUUCCAGUCUUCCAAACUGCUACUGCCGUAGCCAUGUCCUUUGCUAUUUGCAAGAGUGGCUCUUAUCUCACAAAAUAUUUUGGAAUUCAAGGAGGUAGCUUGCCAGCCAUAACAGCCCUUGUUGUUAUUCUAGCAACCAUAUUUCCAAAACCAUUUGCAUAUCUUGCACCAUCUGGUGAGGCUGUGGCUCUGAUUCUCAUGCAGAUAUUUUUUGCGGUGAUUGGAGCAAGUGGGAGCAUAUGGAGUGUGUUGAAGACAGCACCUAGUAUUUUUGUGUUUGCUCUUAUCCAGAUUGCUGUGCAUCUUGUUGUGAUCCUUGGAUUGGGUAAACUGUUCCGCUUUGACCUGAAGCUGUUGCUUAUAGCAUCCAAUGCCAAUGUAGGAGGUCCUACAACGGCUUGUGGAAUGGCCACAGCAAAAGAGUGGGGUUCCAUGGUUGUUCCUGGUAUUCUUGCUGGCAUUUUUGGUAUUGCCAUUGCAACUUUUCUCGGCAUUGGAUUCAGGUUGGCUGUUCUGAAAUACAUGUAAAGAACAAAUCCCGAUUAGCAGAAAUGGAUUACUCGGUGUGACCUGGUUCAUUUCUUGUACUUGAAGGAGGGGAGGUAGGUUGAAAAGAAGGAAAGAUGUUAAUCUAGUGUGUUGUAGUAGUAGUAGGCACUCAGCCACAAACUUAAUAAACAAGUUUUAAGUGGAUAACAACUCUCUCUUUUCCACCUAUAUAGUAACCAACCAGCAAAUGCAUAAAAUUAAUUUUAUUUCCAACGAAAAAAUAUUGUAAAAAUGAAACAAAUUUACCCCAAAAAAAAAAAAAAAAAAGUACAAAAAAGGAGAAGGGUUUUGCGUAUACUACUUUUUGUUUCCUGAUUUUAAAAUUUUAAUAAUAUGUAGAUAUGAGAUCAAUAUUCUAUGCUAUAUGUGAAUUAAAAAUAUGGGAUGAUCCAAAACAAAAACAAUAACUUAUCAAAAAGUUCAGGUGCUAAGCUACCACCUAAUGUGGAAUGAUAGUUGGAGAUGGAUGAUUAUCUCGGCCACUAACUGCAUUAUUGGAGUACUGAUUGAACCAAUAUCGGGAGAAAAUUGGAUGGUGUGGUUUUGUUACUGCCCUGCCAAAAGAGGUUCGAGACAAGCUUUCUAGGAGGAGCUGACAUUAAAAGUCAAUUCUGGUUUGAAUUCUUGGGUGUGUCUCGGGGACUUUAAUGAUGUUGUAGACCAAACGAAAAAAUUAGGAGGUCGUCCGGUUACAUCCAAAUCAAACUUCUUCCUGUGACGUUUCAUGUUUGACGUAGGAGCGGUAGAUAUUAGGUACCACGGGAAUGCGUUUACUUGGUGCAACAAAAGAUUUGGCUCCGCUAACACAAGAGAAUGUUUAGACAGGGUGAUUGCCAGUAUAGGGUGGAAAGUAAAUUUUGAUAAAGCAGGAGUGACCCAUCUGUCUAGUGCUUGCUCGGAUCAUAUUCCCAUUCAAUUGAGCCUGAACUUAGACCAUCAGUACAUGCCUAGACCAUUUCGGUUCCUGGAAAUAUGGACAAGGGACAAUACGUGUAAGGAGGUGGUGGAGAUGGCUUGGAAGAGUGCAGAUACAAGAUUUAGGGUAGCAUCGGUGAGGUUAAAAUCCAUAGUACAGCUCUUGCACCCAAGCGAUGGAAUAAAGAUGUUUUUAGGUUUUGUCAAUCUCAAAUCGAAGAACCGGAGGACAAAAUUCAAUGGAUUCAAAGCCUUGAGCUUACUAAGGAUUGUUUAAUAGAAGAGAAGAGUGCUCAACAGGAACUGGAUGAAUGGAGGAAGAGGCUUAAAAUCCUUUGGAGACAAAAAUUCACGGAGCUCUGGCUUAAGGCAGGAGAUAGAAAUUCCAAAUUCUUUCAUGCCUCGACAGUGAACAACAGGAGGAGAAUUUCUAUUCCAGCUCUUAAGGAUGGUGAUGGAGUUUAGAAAAUGACUAAAGAAUAAGUUGGGGCCCUACUGAUAGAAAAGUUUACAAGCCUUUUUAAAGCAGAGGAGCUUAGGAGGAGUGAAAGCAUGGGGGAUUUCAUACCUUCCUGUGUUUCGAGGGAGGAAAAUAUGGUUCUUAAGGCAAUACCUACAAAGGUAGAGAUAUGGAAUGUGGUCAAAUCGAUGAAUCCUACCAAGGCACCAGGCCCGGAUGGUAUGCCGGCCCUUUUUUUCCAAAAAUACUAGUGUAUAAUAAGCAGGAACAUGGUAAGAAUGGUCCAGCAUGUUUUCAGGUCCGGUCUUUUCCCAAGGGAUGUAAAUCGUUCUUUCUUAGUCCUCAUCCAAAAGUUAGUGGGGUGACGGAAUUUAAGCACAUUCAUCUGAUUAGCCUAUGUAAUACUGUUUAUAAGAUAAUAUCGAAGAUCAUAGUAGACAAGCUUAAACUGGUUCUGAAGAAUAUCAUAUCUCCAAAUCAAUCUGCCUUUGUAUCGGGGAGGUGGAUUGGAGAGAAUGCUAUCCUCGUUAAUGAGGUGGUCCAUUCUAUGAGGCGGAAGCAAGUGUGAAAGGCAUUGUGGGAAUCAAAAUUGACAUUUAGAAGGCUUACGAUCGGGUAGAUUGGACGGUUAUAUGCCGAAUUUUAACACUUUUCAAGUUUUCAGAGAAAUUUGUAAAGCUAGUCUUCAAUUGCUUAUCCUCAGUAUCCAUGAAAUUACUUAAUGGUAGUAUCUUCGGCAAAAUUCCAAUGGAGAAGGGGAAUUAGACAGGGGAUCCUAUGUCACCAUUUCUUUUUAUAAUCAUGGCUGAGCUUCUUUCAAAAAUGCUGCACAGGUGGGAAUUGGAGGAAAGAUUCAUGGUGUUAAGAUUGGCAGGUUAGCCCCUUCAAUUUCCUACCUUAUGUCUGAAGAUGACAUUAUCAUCUUUUGUAGGGCCAACAUGGAGGAAAUUUGAAACAUUCAACGGUGUCUUCAGCUUUACUGCAAAUGGACAGGGUAGAUCUUCAAUAGAGAGAAAUCUGAUUGUUUCUUCUCUCGAAAUGUCAUUUGGAUGACUAAAAGAGUAAUCAAAAGCUGUUUAGGUAUGAAAGAACUGGACACCAAGGCUAAACAUUUGGGGCUACCACUUUUUGUGGAAAAAAAUAAAACCCAAACUUUUAAGGAGCUAAGUAAGCAAAUUGAAGCCAAGUUCCAAGGAUGGAGAGCGAAACUACUUUCCCAAGCAGGUAGACUAACUCUCAUAAAUCAUGUUGCUAAUUCUAUUCCUGUUCAUACUAUGUCUUCUACCUUCCCCCCAAAAGGGCGAAGCAAGAGAAUCGAAAAGUGCUCAAGAGCAUUCCUAUGGAGAAACGAAGCUCAUCCGUCGAGAAGUCUAGUUCCUAUAGCCUGGAAGAGGGUAUUCAGCGAAAAUUGAGUGGCGGGCUUGGAAUUAAAAAGCUGUGGAGUUUCAAUAAGGCUCUGAUAGCGAAGCUGGGAUGGAAUUUAAUCACUGCAGAGAAUAAGCUGUGGGUGCCGGCUAUUAAAGCUAAAUAUUUUCCACACUUUUCAUUUAUGAAGUGUAGGAAAACAGGUGGCUGCUCAUGGCUAUGGACAAGUGUGUUAAAGACAAGAUCGCUGUUAGUGAAAGGGGUUUGCUUCAAAAUAGGCAAAGGAGACAAGGUUAAUUACUAGGAAGAUCCGUGGAUCCCCAGAAAUCCAAAUUUUCAUCCCAUACCAAUAAAUAACGUUAUUAAAUCCUAUGAUAUGGUAAGUUCCCUAAAGAGGAGCACUGGAGAUUGGGAUACUAGCAAGCUUGAAACUAUUUUUUAUCACAAUUCUGUAAAGAACAUCGAGAACAUGUUUUGGGCCAACGACGAACAGGAGGAUAAGAUAAUUUGAACAAAAACCAAGUCGGGAGUUUUCAGCAUUAAGUCUGCGUACAAGGUGGAAGAAAACGAGGAAGCUAGAAAGGAUGUUUGGUGGAAUCAGCUUUGGCGCAGUCCAAUCCUCGAGAGAACCAAAUUGUUUCUAUGGAAACUUGCAAGCUUCGGCCCCCCUACCGUAUCUAACUUGCUGGCAAGAGCAAUCAUGGUUGAACGAAAAGAGUGUGUUCAUGGUUGUCACGGUGUAGAGAUCGAGUUACACUUAUUUUUUCACUGUGAAGUGGCUAAGAGAUUGUGGUUUGCGAGUCUGUGGGGGAUUAGUGGGAGUUUUUGAGUGGGGGAUGAUCUUGGUUGUUACCUAAAUUGCUUGAGUAACCCAAUGGGAACACUGCCUCUUCGUGCGGAGGAUAGAGACGCCUUCUUCAUUUCAGCUCUUCAAUCCUCGAACAUCUGUGGUGGCUAAGAAACAAAAUUUGUUUCGAAGGUCAUGUGUUUCAAGCUGAGCGUUCGAUAACCUUUGUAACGAAACGGGUCAAUGACAUGGUGGAGUCUUGGAAAAGAGAGGAAAUCUUCAGGAACGAGUCGAUGAAUAUCAGAGAGAGGGCCAUGUCAGUCUGGAGAAAACCACCAAAAGGAGUGAUUAAAGUCAACUCGGAUGCAGCAGUCAGAGACUCCGGCAGCCUUCUGGCCAUGGUCACUCGAGAUCACAGAGGUGUUGUUUUGCAUAUGCAUACUGUUAAGUCAAAACCAUCUAUCCCAAAAGUAGCGGAAAUUGAAGCACUUUGGAAUGCAAUGAAAGUGGCUCACAGCCAGGGAUGGACCCAGGUUAUUUUCGAGACAGAUGCUGUUUCAGUGGUGACGGCUUUAAACAAAGAAAGACCCGAGCUUACUUCAUUGGGUAGCCGAUUCUUAUUUUAACGAUAUUAUGUUGUUCAGUGUGAAUUUUGUUCACGUAAGUUUUAGUUGGGCCCCUAGCUCUGCUGAUCAAAUGGCCCAUCUUAUUUGUCAAUGGUGGACAACCCAUCUUGUACUUGGUCCUAUUCUCUUGAAUUGGUUGUCCCCCACAAUUUUGGAUAGGAUGACUCAGGAAUGUGCAAUGCACCGAUGGAAGCAUCCUGAGUCUGGACUCAUUUUGUAGUCUUCCUUUUUCGUUCCAUGAAACCCCUGUUUUCUAGCCCAAAAAAAAGAAAAAAAAGAAAAAAAAGAAAAGAGGCUACCACCUUGGUGGUUAUAAAUUCAUAAUCAAUUUUGAUACGAUACAGGCAGCAUUUUUGCUGUAGUGGGAUUCUACGCGUGUAUAGCAGCACACGUGCUUUCUUUCAUAAGCUUUCAAGUCUGCCACGUGGAACUAUCUGACGUCAUGUUAUCAACACCACGAUGAAAAGGCAUACAAAAGUAAAAAACUU